AUGUCCUCCCUUUUCGAAUCUUGUGAUUUGGCUCCUCCGGAUCCUAUUCUUGGCACUGCCACCGCCUACAAGGCUGACCCUUCCUCAAACAAGGUUAAUCUCGGUAUUGGUGCUUAUCGUGAUGAGUAUGGCAACCCUAAGGUGCUCGAUGUUGUUC